AUGUUCAGCAUCAAGCCACACGGAAUCCUUGUUCUCAAGGAAAGCACAUUUUUUAAGAAAAUCGUGAAACAGUACAGCAGAUAAAUAGCAAACAUAGUCUGCUUUAUUGGUAAUUACAAAAAAAUCGAAUCACUGGUUGGUAUAAUUUUAGGAUAAUCUCACUUCUAUAGUAGAGUUUAUUGA